AUGGAGGAGAGGCUCACUGGGACUGACUCGGUCGGGAAGAAACGAGUCAGAGAAGACGAGUUAGGCCUUGACGACUCGCCGGAUGUGAAGCGGUUGAGAGACGAUUUGUUUGACGACUCGGAGACCGACCCAGUGGUUCAAGAUCUUGACUCAGUCAUGAAGAGUUUCGAAGAUGAGUUGUCGAACAUCACGACGACAGCGGUGCAGCAAGGCUCUGCCGAGACUCAGCCGGAUCUUGGUUAUCUUUUUGAAACUUCUGACGACGAGCUGGGUUUGCCUCCACCUCCUCCACAACCGCCGACGCUUUGUACGGAGGAGACGGUGACGGAGUUGGUACGGGUUUCGUCGGAUUCAUCAGAGGUCGCCGAGUUAUCUGGGUUUGAAAUUGAGGAUCAUGUUACUACGGAAUUCGGAACUUGCGAUCUUGGUGAUGGGCUUUUCGAAUAUUCCGAUGUUUGUUUAGAUUCCGGCGAUUUGUUUUCAUGGCAGCCGGAGUUUUUACCGGCGGAGUAAUUUCGGAGUUGUUUUUUUUAACCGUAGCGAAACGGUGGCUCGCUUU